AUGGUACCAUUUAAUACAAUUCAAGGAAUAGCUUCGACCAAUGUACCAGCUUAUUCUAAUGAAUAUGAUGAUUUUAUUUCAUUUGAAGGAUUUUAUGUUCAUGGAAUAUAUACUGGUGUUAAAUGGCAGUGUGUUGAAUUUGCUCGUCGAUGGUUAUUAUUACGUAAAAGUUGUAUCUUUCGAAAUGUCGGAUCUGCUGCUGAUAUUUGGCAACAAUUGACCUAUGUAGAGCGUGUUAUUGAUGGUGAAAAAUUUCUUUUAAAAACUUAUUCAAAUGGAUCACCACAUAAACCUAAAUGUGAUAGUUUUCUUAUAUAUCCUCGUAAUGAAGGAAUACCAUAUGGACAUAUUGCUGUUAUAUGUGAAGUUGAAGAAAAUUUUAUUCGUGUAACCGAAGAAAAUUAUCGAUUUCAUUAUUGGACAAGUAAUUAUGCUCGUCAAAUUCCAAUGAUCAAUCAUAAUGGUCUUUAUUAUAUUGAAGAUUAUUUUAAUGUUUAUGGAUGGAUAGAAAUUGAAAAUGAUCAUCAAUUAAAACCAUUAGAUGAAUCAAAUAUCAGUUUAAUUCUUCAAAAAUAUCAAAAAGCAAAGCCGAUUGGUGAAUUAAAACGUUGUUUUAUUUUUAAUAAGAAUUUUAAUGAUGAUUAUUCGCCGAUCAAUGUUGAUAGUCAAAAAGAAAAAUUUCUUAUGCAAUCUAAUAACAAAGAUGUUUGUUAUUAUAAAGCAGAUGAAGAUUUUUUUGGAAAUGUUAGUAGUACAUCAAAUGAAUUGUACCGAUUAUUUAUGCAAGCUGUUGAUUAUAUUAUUCAUAAUGAUGAAGUUCUAACACUUUUUAAAAUACCAAAUCAAAUCUGUUUUCGAAUUCGUAGAUCUUGGACAGAAGAACGUGAUUUUGAUAUUAUAGAUCAUAUUAAUUUUGAAUUUGAUGGAAAACAUUUGAAGUUAUGUCACUAUAAAGUUAAGCAAGCAUUGACUAUUCUUCAAUCAACU